AUGAAAGAUUACUUUCUUUUAUCAGGGAAAGUUCUUCGUGGUGGUGAGUUAGAGUUGUCUCGCUUCGAGCGUUGCCCUCGAGGUGAUCUUGAACGUUUACGAGGAGAAGACGUCGAGCGUUGUCUUCGAGGUGAUCUGGAGCGUUGUCUUCGAGGGGAUCUGGAACGUUGUCUUCGAGGGGAUCUGGAGCGCUGUCUUCGAGGUGAUCUGGAGCGUUUACGGGGAGAAGACGUCGAGCGCCUUCUUCGUACAGGAGAUCCAGAACGCUUAUUUUUUGCUGGAGAAUCAGAACGCUUCCUUCUUGCUGGAGAUUCAAAAUGUUUCCUUCUUUUUGGAGAUUCAGAACGCUUCCUUCUUACAGGAGAUCCAGAACGUUUUCUUCGUGCAGGAGAAUCAGAACGCUUCCUUCGUGGAGGAGAUUCAGAUCGUUUCCUUCGCGCAGGAGAUUCAGAUCGUUUCCUUCGCGCAGGAGAUUUUGAACGCCUAAUACGAGGUGAUUCUGAGUUUUUACGUGGAGAAGACGUCGAACGCUUCCUUCGUGCAGGUGAUCUAGACCGCUUCCUUCGUGCAGGAGAUUUCGAACGCCCAUUACGAGGAGAACGCGAAGGCAUUGAUGUGGUAAUCCUUAAAAACCAAAGUCCUUAUAAGAUAACCACAUACACAUUGAAGUAA